UUGUAACAGACAAGAUGAAGGAUGAAGAUUUGGACAAAAAACCGCAGGUCUCCAGUCUGACUACCAACGGGACAGACCAUGGCGUCCACCGCGGAACUCGGGGUUCGGAGCACAAAGUCAAGCCGUCGCUGUUUGGGAAGUACCAGCAGAGCGUCCAGACUCUCAAACCUCUCCGCUGGACUUCAUCCCAGCCACACCCCAUGGACAACGCCGGCUUCCUCUCCUUCACGUCCUUCGGGUGGAUGUCGUCCAUGAUGUGGGCCAUGUUCCGGAAGAGGCUGGACGUGAGCUCUCUCCACCUGUCUCCUUUGGACGAGGCCGGGCACAGCACGGAAAGGCUCCAAAGACUCUGGGAGGAGGAAGUGGCCAAGUCGGGUCUGGAGGAUGCCUCGUUGGUGCGGGUCAUUCUUCGCUUCCAAAGAACCAGACUGGUAGUCUCCGUCUUUGUUGGGGUCCUCGCCAUGGUGGCCGCGUUCCUGGGUCCGGCCGUCAUGGUCUACCUGCUCCUGGACUACGUGGACGACCCGUCCAAGUCCAGCCUCCUGCACGGCACGUGUCUGUGUGUGGCCUUGUUCACCUCCGAGUUCUUCAAGGGUUUCCUCAUCUCGCUGCUCUGGGCCCUCAACCUGCGCACCGCCGUCCGCCUCAAGGGAGCCUUCAGCUCGCUGGGCUACCAGAAGAUCAGCUCGCUGCGGGUGCCCGGCGCCGUCUCCACGGGAGAGAUCAUUAACGUGCUGACUAACGACGGCCACAGGCUGUUUGAGGCGGUUCUGUUUGGUAGUUUCGUCAUCUCCUCCCCGGUGCUCUUCCUGGUGUGCAUCAUCUACGCAUGUUACAUCCUGGGUCUGACGGCUCUGACCGGGGUGGGCACCUACCUGGUCUUCAUCCCCGUGCAGGUGAUCCUGGCCAAGAUGAUCAACAAGUUCCGGGUGAAGGCCAUCCUGAUGACGGACAGCCGGGUGCGCACCAUGAAUGAGAUCCUGAGCAGCAUCAAGCUGAUCAAGAUGUACGCCUGGGAGGACUGCUUCCUGGACAAGGUCUCAGAGCUGAGGGAGAGGGAGAAGAAACAUCUGCGGGUGUCAAGUUACAUCCAGAACAUCAACACCAGCAUCACCAGCAUCAUACCCACCAUUGCCACCGUGCUCACCUUCAUGGUGCACACCUUGCUGGGACUAGACCUGCACACCACUGAAGCCUUCACCACCAUCGCCAUCUUCAACGCCAUGCGCUUCUGCCUGGCUCUGAUGCCCAUGUCCGUCAAGACCCUGGCCGAGGCCACCGUGUCCGUCUCGCGGCUCAAGAAGAUACUGCUGAUCCAGAACCCAGACCCCUACUUGGUGCAAAGGACGGACAGCGACUCGGCCAUCGUGAUUGACAACGCCACCUUGUCCUGGAACAAGCCAGCCAGCCGCAGCGCCCCCCAAGCCACCGUGGACAAGGGCGGUACUGCGCCAGGCGAGGGCGACGUGGGACACCAGGCAAGUGAGGUGUCCCAGGAUGGAGAACGUGACGUUCUGCCAACUUUGAGGAACAUUUCCUUCACACUCCCUAAGGGAAACUUGCUGGGCGUCUGUGGGAAUGUUGGCAGUGGGAAGACCUCGCUGAUUUCCACCAUUUUGGAGCAGAUGCAUCUCCUCCAGGGCUCGGUUGCGGCCGACGGGACGUUUGCUUACGUGUCCCAGCAGGCUUGGAUCUUCCAUGGCAGCGUACAAGACAACAUCCUCAUGGGAUCAUCCCUGGACAAGGACAAGUAUGAAAGCGUUUUGGACGUGUGCAGCCUCAGAGCGGACCUGAAAAUUCUCCCACACGGCGACCAGACUGAGAUUGGUGAGCGUGGCCUCAACCUGUCGGGGGGUCAGAAGCAGAGGAUCAGUCUGGCACGAGCAGUUUACUCCGACAAGGACAUCUUCCUGCUGGACGACCCGCUCUCUGCCGUGGACGCUCACGUGGGAAAACACAUCUUUGAGGAGUGCAUCAAGCGCCGCCUAAGGGGGAAGUCCAUCUUACUGGUCACGCACCAGCUGCAGUAUUUGGAGUUCUGCGACCACGUCCUGGUUCUGGACAACGGGACGGUCCUGGAGUCGGGGAGGCAUCCCAGCCUGAUGAAGGCCAAGGGACGCUACGCUCAGCUCAUCAGCGGCUACCAGGCGGACCAGUCCAAGACAGAAGAGGAGGAAGCUCCGCCUCCAAACGCCGCGCACGAGACAGUGGAGGCGGAGCUGAGGGAUCGUUCAAACAGCGGCAUUGUCAACCAAGCCUUUGACAUGGCGGACGAAGACGUGGCGGCAGCUGUUGUCACCAACACUAAAUCAGCUGAGGAUGCUGACCAGCUGGUCUGCCAGGAGACCUCCUCAGAAGGGGCCGUCUCCUGGAGAACAUACCGCAGUUACUGCAAGGCGGCGGGGGGUUACAUCAUCACUUUUCUCACCUUCCUGAACGUGGUUCUGAUGAUCGGGUCUACAGCCUUCUGCAACUGGUGGCUCAGUUACUGGCUGGGCCAAGGGGACGGGUCCGACAACAAGACCACAUCAGACCGGGGAGACAUCUCCAAGAACCCGGACCUGCACUUCUACCAGCUGGUCUACGGCAUGAUGGUGGUCGUCAUGGUGACGCUGGCCCUCGUCAAGUGCUUCAUCUACACGCGCGUCACCUUGAACGCCGCCUGCACCUUCCACGACACCAUGUUGAAGAAGAUCAUGGCCAGCCCCAUGAGCUUCUUCGACACCACACCCACGGGCCGCGUCCUCAACCGCUUCUCCAAGGACCAGGACGAGGUGGACAGCGUGCUGCCGCUCCACAUGGACCCCUUCCUGCAGUUCGCCCUGCUGGUGGCCUGCACCGUGGUCGUCGUCUCCACCGUCUUCCCCGCCAUGCUGCUCGCCGUGGCGGUCAUGGGGCUCCUGUUCGCCCUCAUGCUCUUCAUCUCCCAGAAGAGCAUUCGCCAGAUGAAGAAGAUGGAGAACGUCAGCCGCUCGCCGUGCAUCUCCCUCACCACCUCCACCCUGCAGGGCCUCAGCACCAUCCACGCCUUCGCCAUGAGGGACAAGCACGUCCAGCUCUUCAAGUCCCUCAACGACAUCAACUCCAACCACUUCCUGCUCUUCAUCUCGGGGACGCGCUGGCUGGCCUUCAGGCUGGACGUCAUGGCGGCAUCCCUCACCCUGCUGGUCUCGCUCUUCGCCGUCCUCACCAGCAAUGAGCACAUCAGUCCCGCCUUGAAGGGCCUGGCCCUGUCCUACACCAUCCAGCUGACGGGCAUGCUGCAGUACGUGGUGAGGCAGGCCACGGAGGUGGAGGCCAGGUUCAACUCUGUGGAGCGUCUGCAGGAGUACAUCACGGGUUGUACGUCCGAGGCCCCCAGACACCUCCAGGACUCUGAGGUCCCGGGGGACUGGCCCAAGAACGGGGCCAUCUCCUUCCAGGACUACCAGAUGAGGUACCGGCACAACACGCCCGUCGUCCUCCACGGGCUGGACUUCCUGGUGCGAGCCGGAGAGAAGCUGGGCAUCGUGGGAAGGACGGGUUCUGGGAAGUCCUCCUUAGGCGUGUCCCUGUUCAGGCUGGUGGAGCCGGCAGCAGGACGCAUCCUGAUCGACGGAGUGGACAUCUCCCACGUGGGCCUGCAGGAUCUGCGCAGCAAACUGUCCAUCAUCCCUCAGGACCCCGUGCUCUUCAUCGGCACCGUCAGGUACAACCUGGACCCCUUCGGCACGCGCAGCGACCAGGACCUGUGGACGGCCCUGGAGAGGACCUACAUGAAGGAUAUGAUCUCCAGACUGGACGGACAGCUUGAGGCGCAGGUGUGUGAGAACGGGGAGAACUUCUCAGUGGGCGAGCGACAGUUGAUGUGCAUGGCCCGAGCACUGUUGCGCAACUCCAAGAUCAUCCUCCUGGACGAGGCCACAGCUUCCAUCGACGCUCAGACGGACGCUCUGAUCCAGACCACCAUCAGUGAUGCCUUCAGGGACUGCACGGUGCUCACCAUCGCACACCGCAUCCACACUGUCAUGCAGGCACACCGCAUCCUGGUCAUGGAGCACGGCAAGGUGGCAGAGUUGGACAGUCCAGAUGUUCUGUCCAGAAGGCCAGACUCUCUCUUCUCUUCACUGCUGGCGGCCGCAAACUCUGGCAGCCAAUCACACGCACUUUGACCUGCACCUGCACUUUGACCUGGACACAACAUUAGGGACAGUGGGCGGUGCUAGUGCAGGGGUGUCCAAACUUUUUCCACUGAGGGCCACAAUCAUUUUCAUAUUUGUCAUUUUCAAAAGCAAUACAAUAUAUGUACUUUUUUAAAAUGUUCAAAAUAAGUCAUUUAUUUAUAAAUAUAAAUAUAUAUUUGAUUCAACACUUUAAUCUCUAGAUAAACGUCAGGUUUACGAUAUAAAGUUGCUUUAUUGUUGUUGUUUUUUAAUGUUUUUUCUUAAAACCUUGUUGUUUUUUUUAUGGCAAACACACAAAAUAUGCAAUCUAAAAAUACAAAAAAUGUAAUUGGAACCUCUAAUAUGUCAAUAAUUCAUACACGAUAUUGAUUUGUAUUUAUUAUUAUUUUUGAGCAAUGACCGUUUAAAAAAAAAAAAUCCCACUAAAAUGUUUGGAGAUCCAAAAGGGCCCCACUCAUAAAAGUAAGUGUGAUAAGUCUUAAUAUGUAUAUUUUUAUUCUUUU